UCUCACUGAUUAAUGUUUUCCUAUGCAGUUUUCUCCUACAUCAGAACACAUAUUAUUAGCUUAUGGUCGUCGCCAUAGUUCGCUUCUAAGGAGCAUUGUUGUUGAUGGGGAGACUGCAAUACCUAUAUACACAAUAUUGGAGGUUUAUAGAGUUUCAGAUAUGGAGCUUGUAAAAGUUCUUCCUAGUGCAGAAGAUGAGGUCAAUGUUGCAUGCUUUCAUCCUUCAGUUGGAGGAGGUCUUGUUUAUGGGACUAAGGAAGGCAAGCUCAGGAUUCUUCAGUAUGAUGGCCCACAUGACACAAGUUGCACAGGACCAAAUUUCUUUCUUGAGGAGAAUAUGCUUGAGAUCCAGAAGUAUGCCUUAGAAUGUUGAAAAAUAGAGAUCGCUAUUAAUCCAAGAGUCAUUGCUCAUUUUGCUUGGCUGAUAACCUUUGUACAGAAGUACCUCCAAGAGAUACAGUGUAGUAGUUGUCUUGACUCUUCCUCAACUAACUCAAGGCAGAUCGUGCACCGGGAGUUUGUUCAAGUGGAUGUGGAAUUUGGAACGUGCUUUCCUUGCUGAAUGUUCAUCAUACUUGGUUGGGGACGGCUCAUCGAUGUAGAGUUUCCGGUGUAUAAAAAUUUCUUUAAUUUGUAAUCUCAAACUUCGCAAGCCUUUUUUUUUUUCUGCUCCAAGUCAAAUGCACAACGUGCACACUGGACCCGAGUUGGUUUCCUGUUCAUGUUGAGCAGAUGUCAUGUUGGUUCAUUGUUAUGUAUAUUUUAUCAUAUAGUAAUUUAUUUCCUUCUCUGAUGACUUGAUACACGACGCUUGUCCAAGAUUUUUCUCAAGAAAAAAUGCUAAUUUAUUUAUUAUUAUUUUUUUAAA